AUGACACGGAUAGCUGAGAGAGGUUUUAUUCCUUCUGUGGGCUUUGGAUCAGCCCCUGCGCCACAUCCCGGGCUAGGUCAAUCUCUGCGCACUGCCUUGCGAGGUGUUGGGAUUCCUGUGGUAGUGUGCAGCGUCGGUCUGACCUGGAGAGACAAUGGGAAUCAGAUCAAAAUGAACUCGUACCAACAACUCUUCAAUUUUGUUUUUCUAGUGUUUAUGCGAAAAGACAAAGCACAUGAGGUGCUGAAAGUCCAUAAACGUGCCAACUAUUUUCUAGAAGAGAUUCGUCCGGGGAACUUGGAGAGAGAAUGCAAUGAGGAAAAGUGCUCCUUUGAGGAGGCUAAGGAGAUCUUCCAUUCGCAGGAGAAAACGAUGGAGUUUUGGUUCAAUUACAAAGGCUUAAAUCCAUGUAGUACAAAUCCCUGUAACAAUGGUGGAGUCUGCAAAAUCAGACACUACAAUUAUUUUUGCAUCUGCCCCCCAAAAUUUGGAGGAGACAACUGUGAAAAAGAAAAGCUUGAAUGCUGGUAUAAGAAUGGCGGGUGCUGGCAGUACUGCAGGGACAGCAGCAGCGCCUUCCACGUGGCGUGUUCCUGCGCGGAGGGUUACAGCCUGCACGAGGACGGGAAGAAAUGCGUGCAAGCAGGAGACUUCGACAAGUACCAAAGAGAAUUCAAAGAACAGAAGAUUGCUGUGGAACGGAGCUGGACGCACCCCCACUACGACUCCAAUGACUACAACGGUGACAUCGCCUUGCUGUACCUGAGCAGCGAUGUCGUUUUUAACGAGUACGCCGUUCCCAUCUGCCUCCCAAGCCCUAACCUCGCCACCCUGCUGUUGGAGGAAGGAAGAAUAGGGAUGGUCAGCGGCUGGGGGGCCACUCACGCCCGCGGCCCGACUCUGCGCUUCCUCAUGAAGGUCCGGCUGCCCAUUGUGAACCUGCAGACGUGUCAGCGCUCCAUGGACAGACUCAUCACCGACAACAUGUUCUGCGCCGGUCACCACGCUCAGGCCACAGAUGCCUGCAAGGGGGACAGCGGCGGCCCCUUCGUGGUGUCCUACCACAACACUUGGUUUCUCCUGGGGAUCGUAAGCUGGGGCGAGGGCUGUGCUGAAAGAGGGAAAUACGGUGUCUACACCAGGGUAUCCAACUACAUCCCCUGGAUUAAAGAGACUGUCGAAAGUGUAGCAGAUUCAGAAAACUUUUCCAUUACUUUUUCUUAA